AUGUCAUCCAGUAAAGUUUUCAUUAUUAAUGCAUUAGAAAAUAUUGGCUCGAGCAAAGAAGGAAAAAGGAAUAAAAAGUUAAAAGAGAGUAUUAAUAAGGCUUUGGACACAAUAUGUGAUUGUUUCGUUGGUGAAAAUACAGAUGAUAAAGUUCAAUUGCAAAUAAUCAAGGCUUUACUUGCUGCCGUCUCCUCAAUAGACAUCCCAGUUCAUCAUUCAUCACUUCUUAAAUCAAUUCGUACAUCUUACAAUAUUUUUCUGCUUUCAAAAAAUCCUACUAAUCAAACGGUAGCACAAGGUACUUUAACCCAAAUGGUUAAUCAAGUUUUUGAUGAAAUACAAAAGGUCAUUACAAGCACUACCGAAAUAAUAUCAACAACAUCAUCGUUGUCAACACCAACUGCAGUAGAAUUUGAGAAUGUAGUAGGAGAUACUGAAUCAGAGAUUGGCCAAUGGAAAAAUGCUCACAAUUCUGUCGAUGAUCUUGUUAGGGUAGUCCAAGAAGAAAUAACCGAUGAUCCUUCUUCAAACAUCACUGAUACCUCCGCUACUGCCAUUAUUAAUAUCAAUGAUAAUGAUAAUGAUGCUACUGAUAUCUUAGAAAAGAAUUUAACAUCAAAAUCUUCACAAGAAGAAUCCCGAAUUUCUCAAGUUGCUUAUUAUAAUAACGAUAAUGAUGACAACAAUAUUGAUACCAAUAAUAACAACAACGAUAACCACAAUGUUAAUAGUAACAGCAACAGUAAUAACAAUAUUCAAGAGGAUUUGUUCGUUAAAGAUGCAUUUUUAGUAUUCCGUGCACUUUGCAAAUUAUCAAUGAAACCAGUUCCGCCAGAAUCAUCAGUAGAUCUAAAGUCACAUUCUAUGAGAUCAAAGCUAUUGUCAUUGCACUUAAUUCUAACAAUACUAAGUUCGCACAUACAAAUCUUUACUUCAUCAAAUGUUCAUAUUAUUUCUACAUCUACACAUGAAAGUACUAUAUUCAUUCAAGCUGUUAAACAAUAUUUAUGUCUAAGUCUCAGUAGAAAUGCUGUUAGUUCUGUACCUCAGGUUUUUGAAAUAAGCCUUGAAAUAUUUUGGAAAUGUAUAAACCGAGAUGUCAAUUCAUCAACACCAGAUUCUGUUUCAACAUCUAAUAACAUUUUCAAUAUUCCUCCUUCACUUACCACAAAUUCAAUUUCAAACACGACAUCUUCAUCGCCAAACAAUUCAAAUAAACCGGCAGAACUCGCAUUAAAAAAUCAAGGUCUAGAAUGUCUUGUAUCAGUUUUACGAUCACUAGUUGCCUGGUGUAGCAACAAAUCAACUAAUGAUAGUGCCGAUGAUGAAGAAAUACCAAGACAAAGCGAAGACACCAUUCAAGAACCACCAUCAACUCCAACCUCGCUAACUUUCAACAAUAAAUCGUCUCCAACUUCUUCAAUGAUGUCUGUAUCCAAUUCAUCAAAUACUUUUUCAGGUGAUAGCAAGAUAAACUCAUCAAAAGCCAUGGAUGAUCCAGAACAAUUUGAAAAUUUAAAACAUCGUAAGCAAGUACUUCAAGAUGGUAUUAAAAAAUUUAAUUAUAAACCAAAAAGGGAAAAUAUUGCAAUAAUGCACGCAUUUGUCGAUUUAAUGAAUUUUAAAAAAAUGAAAUUUGUUGAUGCUCUUCGACAAUUCUUACAAUCGUUUAGAUUACCAGGCGAAGCUCAAAAAAUUGAUCGAUUUAUGUUAAAAUUUGCAGAACGAUAUGUUGAUGGCAAUCCUGAACAAUUUGCAAACGCAGAUACAGCAUAUGUUCUUGCAUAUUCUGUUAUUAUGUUAAAUACUGAUCUUCAUAAUCCUCAAAUAAAGCGUCGUAUGACUAAAAUUGAAUUUAUUAAAAAUAAUCGUGGAAUCGAUGAUAAUUCAGAUUUGCCUGAUGAAUUUCUUAAUUCAAUAUAUGAUGAAAUUUCAAAUAAUGAAAUAAAAAUGAAAGACGAGCAAGAUGCCGCAUUAAUGCAACAAACUUCACCGACGCCUUCUAGUGGCAUUGGAAUCGCAAGUAUAGGCAACGCAAUUGUAAAUGUUGGUAGAGACUAUAAAAAAGAAGCGUACAAUGCUGCAUCACAAGAAAUGGCAAAUAAAACUGAGCAAUUAUUUAAAUCUAUGCUUCGUGCUCAAAGACGCGGAAUUUACACAGCUAAUACCACAUUUUACAGCGCGUCACAUUUUGAACAUGUGAAACCAAUGUUUGAGGUUGCGUGGAUGCCGGUUCUUGCAGGUUUAUCAGGCCCACUUCAAAACACAGAGGAUGUGGAAAUAUCGAAUCUUGCGUUGGAAGGAUUUAAACUUGCAAUUCGUAUAGUUUGUCUUUUUGAUAUGGAACUUGAAAGAAAUGCAUUCGUAACUACUUUAGCAAAAUUUACUUUUUUGAACAAUUUGGGUGAAAUGAAAUCAAAGAAUGUUGAUGCAAUAAAAACUUUACUUGAGGUAUCAUUAGCUGAAGGAAAUUAUUUGAAAGGCUCUUGGAGAGAUGUGUUGACAUGUGUUAGUCAAUUAGAAAGAUUUCAAUUGAUCAGUACUGGCGUGGAUCAAACUACUGUUCCUGAUUUGUUUAAUGCUAGGAAGCAACCACGAGUUUCUUUAGAAAGUACUCUUAAUCGUUCUAACUCAUCAAAAAAAUCAUUAUCCAUAAGGAAUUCUACACAGGUUAAUUCCAUGAGAUUUUAG